AAAAGCGACUUUGAGCCCCCGAGGGAAGAUGUGGGCUUACACCGUGGGCUUCACCGUCCUGCCCCAYGUCGGAGGUUUCCUUGGCUGGUUCCUCAACCGAAAAGAAAUCCCAGCCUGGUACGAGAAGCUGAAGAAACCUUCCUGGUGCCCGUCCCGYAAAAUGUUCCCGGUGGCCUGGACCGUGCUGUACACGGGCAUGGGCUACGCCUCGUACCUGGUGUGGAACGACCUUGGCGGCUGCAGCAGCAGGGCCAUCGUCCCCCUGGGGCUCUAUGGGGCUCAGCUGGCCCUCAACUGGGCAUGGCCCCCCUUAUUCUUCGGAGCCCGCAACCUCAACAUGUGGCCACGGCUCGAUCCUGGUGUCUCAGAGAAGAUGGCAGAGAAGCAGGAGGAGCCCAGCACCGCCCAGAAUGGGGAACCCGACAACGCCGAGGAGGGCGAGGGGAAGAAGAAGAAGGUGAAGAGGGAGGACCUGCCACCCUUUGAGAUCGUGACAGGGGAACGCCUCCCAGCCAUCUUCUUCAAAUUCCAGUUCAGGAAYGUGGAAUACAGCUCGGGCAGGAACAAAACCUUCCUGUGCUACGUGGUGGAGACGCAGGGCAAGGAGCCGGUGACCAGCCGGGGCUACCUGGAGGACGAGCACGCGGCCGCCCACGCCGAGAUGGCCUUUUUCAACAACAUCCUGCCCACRUGCCAGGCCGGGGCCCGCCACGAUGUCACCUGGUACGUGUCCUCCAGCCCCUGUGUCACCUGUGCCCAGAGGAUCUGCGAGGCCCUGCGCAAGAACAAGGGGCUGCGCCUCACCAUCAUGGUGGGCCGGCUCUUCAUGUGGGAGGAGCCCGAGAUGCAGGCGGCUCUGCGGAGCAUGAAGGAGGCCGGCUGCAAGCUGAGGAUUAUGAAGCCUCAAGACUUUGAGUAUGUCUGGAAGAACUUUGUGGAGCAGGAGGAAGGGGAGGAGGCCACGUCCUUCGUGCCCUGGGAGGAUAUUCAGGAGAAUUUCCACUACUACGAGGAGAAGCUGGCUGAGAUCUUGCACUGAGG